UGUAGUAACUGAUUCACUCCUCUGUUCCACAUUUCAGUGCAGCGCUGCAGUUGGUAGCGUUUUCACAGGAGGGCGUAUGAGCUGGCCGGACCGACGCAUUACAGUGUGCACUUUUUUCCUUGAAAGACAGAAAAUUAACUCUCUCUCCAUCACACGGAUUACGGCUCUUUUUAAAAGAACAAUAACACAGCCGCAGCCGCCUUAUUUCCCCCCGAAACAUUCCUGCAGCCAGCAGGCCUGUCAAGAAGUGGGUGUCUGUUCACAGGCGAGGAAGGCUGUGUUUCCCCGAUGGCUGGCUGGAAAGACGGCUCGGUGCAGGAGAAGUACCGGCUCGUUGUGGUGGGAGGCGGUGGUGUCGGCAAGUCAGCUUUAACUAUCCAGUUCAUCCAGUCUUACUUCGUCACAGAUUAUGAUCCCACGAUUGAAGAUUCCUACACAAAGCAGUGUGUGAUAGAUGACAGAGCAGCUCGACUGGAUAUCUUAGACACAGCGGGACAGGAAGAAUUUGGAGCCAUGAGAGAACAAUACAUGAGGACAGGGGAAGGCUUCCUGCUCGUGUUCUCCGUCACCGAUAGAGGAAGUUUUGAAGAAAUCUACAAAUUCCAAAGACAAAUCCUCAGAGUAAAAGAUCGUGAUGAGUUUCCCAUGAUCCUUGUUGGAAACAAAGCUGAUCUGGAGCUCCAGAGACAGGUGACGCAAGAAGAAGGUCAGCAGCUAGCAAGGCAGCUGAAAGUAACUUAUAUGGAAGCCUCUGCUAAAAUCCGAAUGAACGUAGACCAAGCCUUUCAUGAACUUGUUAGAGUAAUAAGGAAGUUUCAAGAGCAGGAAUGCCCCCCCUCUCCUGAACCUACACGCAAGGAAAAGGACAAGAGCGGCUGUCACUGUGUGAUUGUCUGAGAGGGUCACUCAUUUUCAAUUCAUAACCAGCUGCUGUCACCAGUCCCUACUCCUGCCUUCUGACAUCACUUCCUGUGUCACUCAGUACUGCCUUCUAUACCUGCAUGACUUACAAGAACGGCCACUGUGACAGCCUUAUUCCAAGAAGCUGACUCUGUAUAGACAUGAAAGGAAGAACUAAGGCAACUGGCAAAGAACAAAACAUUAACAUCAAAAUCCACAAAAGAAUCCCAACACUAAGGCUGCUUCUUAAAGCGCUAGAUGAUUCCAUUUUUGUAUUUUAAAAGACUUUUGUUUGCCUUGUAGUGAGAUUUGUACUUUUGAAAAGACAGAAACAAAAAGAAAAUCUGGAAUGUAGAUGGAAAACUGUUUUUAGCUACAGGUAUGCCUUAUGGAGUGAGGUGUUAUAAUCAAGCUUCUUGUAUGUCGUGCCAUUUCAGUUUUACUUUAACGUGCUAAUCAGCUACUGUACAUAACUGAAAUUUCUUGUGAUUGAAAAUAUAUUUCUAAUUAAAUUGCCUAAGUACAGUGAUGAGGAAAAGUGAAUGAUGUGCCAGGUUUAACGUGUAUAUGUAUAUAUACUGGUAGCCAAAAACAAUGCUAACUGUAAAUUCCACUGUUGGCGAAUGUAUUCAGUUAACUUUUAUUUGGAUGCUAUGAUUUCUUUCAGUGGCCAAAUCUGCCAAUUUUGUGAAUAAUAAUUAGACUUUCUAAAUGAAAACUAGCUUGAGUCCUGAAGGGCCUGGUUCCUUAACUCAUUACCUCUCUUGGGUUAUGUUUCCAAUGACUAAACUAAACUGUCUGGCCAAACCAAGUAACAGCGCUUGGUGUUCCACAUUCACAUUGCAAAUGAAUAAAUAGGUUACAUUGCAGAGCCUGUGUGUGGAAACAGGAGAUGCCUUUUCACAACUUCUGAUGCAUGGAAACCUGAGAUGAACCAACUUUGUGUUUUUGUUUUAAUAUUUUUUUUAUUGCAGUUCCUGUGGAAACAAGCUCCAGCUUGAAAAUUUAGCACUGAAAAAAGCAGGCAUACGCAACAUAAUUUUAGCUAGGGAUUGGUUACCCUUGGUUAAAUAGGAACUGACAUUUUUUUAAGAACAGUCCUGGUGGUUUUGACUAGGCCUGAUUUAGUCCCAAAGUCAUAUUCUUAAAUUGGGACGAAAGGAUCAUUCCCCAUAUUUUACUGUCACAGCCCAGGGAGCUCUAAGCUCAGUGUGAUCACACUGGGAUUACCGGGGCAGAAGUUUAUACUAGCUCUGAGUUUUCAUCAUUCGUGAGGGUUCACAUCACUCUUAAGAAAUUUCACUAUUUGUUUUGUCUUCCUUUUUGAUGUGAGUAUUUCUAGAUAAGGGAUACAAAGAAACUAUUGUAGUUUUUGUUUUAUCUUCAUGUAAUAUAAGAAAAAAGAUGGAAAUGAUCCUUCCAUUGUUGGAGAUGAUUAAAUGUUUUUUGCUAUAUACUUUUAUACAUUAUUUUCUUAUCAGACUAGUUAACAAGUAUUUUUAUAUGUUUGUAAGCGAAUAUGCUCUCACGGCAUAACUUGUGUAUAUGUAAAGAUGAGUAUUUAAUUCUCACGGUUUGUUUUUAACUGACAAGACUGUAGGCCUAUGCUGCAAAACUGUGGUCCAGAACAUAUCUUUUCUGAUACCCAUCUUAUCAUUUGGCAAUGCACAGCUGUAGCCGGCUACUCGCAUGCUAAAUGAACAUAUGUUUAUCAGAGUUAACCUAUCCCAGUUUCUCUGACUGUCCAUUAUGAGACCAGUGUGUAUUUUUUUUUCCAACAAGAGCCCCUUCAGAACUUGUCCUCACUAUUUGGUUUGACUGUGGAUCUGUCAAUUCUGUGUUCUGUAGGUAGUUGUAAAAGUUCCAAAAACACCAGAGUUCCACCUUUUGGAAUCUUGAAGACUAGUGCAUGACUCUUCUUCCCAAUGACAAAAGUUUGUCUACAUCAAUGCCAUGAUGUGUUUUGGAUCUUCUACCCCUGUAUAGCUUCUGGUGGUGCUAUAAUAAAAAACAUAAUUAAGACAAUUAAAACUGUUACUGAUUAAUUUUGCAUGUUUCUGUUUUUCCUGUCCCCUUUGUGAGACAUGGGCACAGUCAUUUUUCUCAUUAUGAAAUGAGAAACAUAAACCUAAUAUUCUUGAUUUCUUAAUGUUGGGACGGGGACAUAGCUGUAAGGCAAGUAGGCUAAACUGAAUUUUCUUAAAGUCUACUUGCUUUUCUGUGUAUAUUAAGUGAAUAAUAAUCUCUCGUAACUCUUCACCCUUUUGAUUUCAAACUUUCAAGAUUGGCUUGGACAGUUAGCUUCAGACAAGUCAGUGUCAGUGUCCACAGAUCAGCUGUUUCUGGUAAGGUAAAUUACAAACUGUUAUACGGUUUUUACUUAUUUCAAAGUCCUUAAGUCUCUGGCUCAUACAAAAAAACAAUUGCACACUGAAGUGCUCUGAGGUGGAACCUUUGAUUGUACAUAGUGUAGCUAUGAUUUUGAGCAUGCUUUUGUAGUAUUGUAAUUUUCUUAUUCACACAAGCACCAUAUUUACAAAUGACCUAUACGACCGCAUACUAUGCGGUGUGUUUUGUCGGCCUGUGAUAUCUAUUUUCUGGUGUAUAGAUCUGUGAUAUCCUUUCAUAUUUGUCCACUAUAUCACCUGGUAAUUAGAAUUAUGUAAGAAAGCUGAAAUAUCUUGACUUUCAGUUUUAUAGAUAAAGACAUUAAAAUUUUCAUUAAAAGGAUGUAACCCCUUCUA